ACGGUAGUAACGAUCUCUUCACAAUUGGAUCGUAAUAAGUAUAUAGUUCUUGUUCCAAUCUGACUGCAGAGAGAUCGUCAAUGGUGGGAGAGUUGUAAGGAGAGAAGGACUUAAUAAAUCCUCUUUCUCUUUCUUUCAGACAAGAGAGAACAAUAACGAAAGCUAAGAUGAUGAGCAGAGAUCGCAGCACCGGGAAAUGCAGUACAGCUCGGAGACAUUGAUACAAAUUUUCCUUCAAAACCAGAAUUCAGUAACCGAGCUGAAAACUAGGGGGAUUAAUCACUGCCUCGCCUCAAUUUUAUAGAGCCAGAUAUUUAUGCACUAGGGUUUGGGUUUCGGACUGGAUAGGGUGUUUAAUUUCAAUUGGGCUACGUUUGAAGGUCUAAUGGGUUUUUUAAGAUCGUGAUUUUGAUGAUUGUUUAGAACCCAGAAAUUGAGAUGCCGCCCUUGCGGCAUUCCUCCCGGAUUGACACUUUAGAGCUGAAAGGUCAGAUCAUCAGGAAACUCGGACAUGAGACGGCAGAGAGAUACUUCGUUCUCCUCAACCGAUUACUCAGCCUCAGGCUCAGCAAACCUGAGUUCGAUAAGCUCUGCAUUGCUACUAUUGGAAGGAAGAAUCUCUAUCUUCACAACCGGCUUAUUGGAGCCAUGGUCAAGAAUGCUUGUAUUGCUAAGACUCCCCCUUCGAGAGAGAGCAGAAUAGAAGGUUCUCUUAGUUUUAAAAUUGCUAAUGGUCAUCAAAGGAGUAGUGUUCAGACGCUGUCUGGAGAUGCAUUCUCUCCAUCCCCACGCAAUGGGAAGUCUUCAAAUCAUCGAGAUUUCAAGUUCAGGGACCGCCCAAGUCCACUUGGGCCCCUUGGGAAGAUCCAGAGUAUCCUGUCCGAUGAAUCAACCCUUAGGACUCGAGGGCAACAAAGUGCUACAGAACUCUUUUCUCUAAGUGGCAGACCUCCAGCUGAAGUUGUCUCUGUGGAAGAUGGGGAGGAAGUUGAACAGAUGGCUGCUAGCCCGAGCAUUCAAAGUAGAAGCCCUGUUAGAGCUCCUCUAGGUAUCCCCAUGAAUAUGGGUGGAGCACGCAAAUCCUUUGGUAAUGGAUUUCUGUCUACUUUCUAUCCCGAGACCUGUCUUAACAGCUCUGAGCUACCUGAUACCAGAUCCUUAAGGAACCAGUUGAAGCGGAAGAUGGAGAGGGAAAGCAUUGGCAUCUCGCUGGACUGUGCUAAUCUGUUGAAUAAUGGAUUGGAUGCAUUUCUGAAGAGGUUGAUCAAGCCAUGUUUGGAGUUAGCUGGAUCGAGGGCCGGGCAUGAACACAUAAAGCAAAUAAAUGGUCAGAUUGCACCUGGUUUGAAUGGUGUCUGGCCUGAUAGAAUCAUACAAAGACCAUCCCGGUCAAUAUCUGCAUCCUUGUUGGAUUUUAGGGUUGCAAUGGAGUUGAAUCCCCAGUUACUUGGGGAAGAAUGGCCCAUAAAACUUGAGAGAGUUUGCUUGCAUGCAUCAGAAGAAUGAACAGGAACAACCUAAUCAGCAAAUACAUGGUAUCAAAUAGAACCAUGAGUUCAAGUUCAUCAUGUAGUGAGGAUACAAUGUUUUGCAAGUUUAGGAUUUGCUAGCAUGGAUCUUUACCUUCAUCUGUCCUGCAAUUUCCAUCACUGCAGAAGGUAUUAUGAAUGAUAUGAGCUACUGAAAGGUAUGGGAAGGUAUUGAGUUGAUCACAUAUAGGCAUCACCAUUGAUGGUCCUAAGAAUGGGAACAUGUUUGUAAAGUAUAAUGUAAGCUACCAAAAUUCUGCCAAGGAUUUCUCUAUUCCCAAGGUUCAAUGCCUUUUCUCGAUGAUAAGGAUUAUUCGUUCAUUGUAUUACAUUCUGCAUGUAAAUAAAGCUUUAUUUGGCUC